GACGGGCCUUCUCUCUCCCCGGCUGUCCACUCGCAAUCCUCCGGCGUCUGCGCCGGCACGGAAACGGAAGUGACGGCAAAGGCAGGACGGAGAGGUCAUUCGCAGGCACAGUGCGGAGUGUUUACUUCCGCCGGCCUAGUUCUGGAGUAGGGCUCAGUGGCACGUGUGGUGUACCCUGUAUGGAGUUAGUCGACAAUGUAACGAUCCUGGUCGACCCUGGGACAGGCCUUAGAGGGUGAGAAUGUGGGUCCCAGGGGCGAGAAUUCCCUCUCGGCUGACGCUUUCAGCCUUUACCCGCGCUGGGCGAUUUUGCGUUCUGAAUUCCGUAGCGGCGAGGUGGAAGGACGUCCCGGCAGAGAACUGUCGUGGCUUGUAUGAUUUCCAUCCUCAACUGGAGUCCGAUGUGGGAUUUGUAAAAUCGUCCUCGCGCCUGUACAAGUUCCGCUCCGAGCCCAAGCGGUACGUAACCAGUCCGAGAUUGGCUGAGACCAUGGUGCGCAUGCUGCGGGGAAAACGAAAAGCUGGCCAGCUAAUCCUGGAGUGCAAUCCAGGUCCUGGAGUACUGACCCGAGCAUUGCUUGAAAGUGGUGCCAGAGUGGUUGCCCUUGAAAGUGACAAAAGUUUUAUUCCAGAAUUGAAGUCCUUAAGAGACAGUGUGAAUGGAAGACUAGAAGUGAUCUAUUGUGACUUCUUUAAACUGGACCCUAGAAGUCAUGGCACACUGACACCGCCCGUUAUGACUUCAGAUAUGCUUUUUCAGUAUUUGGGAAUGAAAGCACAUCCUUGGAAAAAAGGUUUCCCUUUAAAAGUAGUUGGGAUCUUACCAAUUAAAACUGAGAGAAACACACUUUGGAAAAUUUUACAUGACCUGUAUUCCUGUUCUUCUGUAUAUAAAUAUGGACGAGCAGAACUAAAUUUGUUUGUCUCUGAAAAGGAAUGCCGGAAACUAACGGCAAAUCCCCAAACUCCAGGCUUGUAUCAAUCAUUAAGUGUGCUCGGUCAAAUAGCUUGUGGGAUUAAGGUCCUGUGUACGGAGCCUUCCUCAUCAUUUGACAUGUAUACCAUCAAGGGACAGCUGGAAAGGCAAAGGCAUAGGGAAUCAGAACAAAACCUGUGUUUUAUUCAAUUGACUCCUCAUAGAAAUUUAUUUUCAGGAACCUUAACACCUUUUAACUAUGAUGUAUUUUUUCACAUGUUAAGGCAAUGUUUUAUGAAACGCAAUGCCAAACUAAUAGACCACUUACCUUCAUUGAGUCCAAUUGAUGCAGUGCAUAUAUUGAAGCAAAUAAAAAAACAUAAAGAUGUGAGAAUAAUAGAUAUGUACCCUGAAGACUUUCAGCGCCUUUUUGAAACCAUAGAAUGUUCGAAAGAUGAUACCUGUAAGUGGUUAUAUGAUGAAUUCAUGGAGGAUACACUCGCAUAGUGAAGUGGACUGCUAAAACAUUAACUGGAACUGUUUAUUAUUUUGAAAAUUAUGACACAAAUGAAAAAGAACCGAGUUUGAAAAGCUCACAUCCUUUCAGAAGAUAUCUGUUAUUGUUUUGCACAACUAGGCAGAUCAUUUCUUCUGCCACUGAUAAUGGUUCAUUGGAUAAAACAGUGGUUGCUAUUUUAUUCAAAUGAAUGAAAUGAAAAUGUCUGUUAAUUGUGGAUUUAAUCAAAUUGAAUUUGUUUUGUUUUAAUUUCCUGUCUGUUGUAAGCAUACUGGUAGUGAUAGGGUAUUACUAGAUGAAAUUUAGUUUUAGAAAUUCUUUUGGCCUUAUAUCGUACACUGUAUUUAAAUUUUCCAUUUUCGCUGUCAAUUUUUAUAUCCUCCUGGGGGAGCAGAAGAGUGUACAUAAACGUGGAAAGUAAACUGAUUUAAUUGGUUUGUUUUACUUUCCAGUUUAUUGAAUGUAUUAUCAAGUACUGUACAGUUAUUUAAAUUUUAAUAUGGUUUAAACUUUUUUAGAAAUUAAAAUAAGUAAUAGGA